AUAUGUAUGUAUGUAUUCUCUCACAAGCUAAAAACAAAAAAUUCUUUUUAAGUUCUGUUGUAAAUUCGUGUUUCUGAGAUGAAGCUACUGCCAAUUUUGCUGAUCUCCCUUCUACUCAUACAGGAUUUCGUUGAGGCAGAAUCAGUCAAUGGAGCUACAGAUAAAUUUCUGUCCCAAGCAGAGGAUGCAAAAGGGGAUUCGAUCAGUCAUAUCAACAAAUAUAGACCUCCAAAUCGUGAUUGCUUAAAAAAGUGCAAAAGAAAAUGUCGCAAUAAGUCGAGGCGGAGAGCCGAGUGCCGUCGAGCUUGCCGGAGCUGCUGCAGGAAAAAGUCUAAGUGCCCUUGAGAAUUUACACCUUGAUUAUGAAAUGAAAUUGUUGGAUUUUCAUGUUUGGAAUAAAUUGGUAUGGGAAAACUAAUAGAUUGACAUGAAUAAUGUUUUAGUAAAAAAUAAGACAGGUACGCGGUAUUGUAAUGAGUGGAAAAUUGUAACAUUAAUCGUACACAUAAAUCAUAAUAUGUAUCGCGAGCCCACUAUUAAGACUUUAAUAGUUGGGCA